AUGGAUGUAGACAAUAUUCUCCGGUCCUUAGGAAAAUACGGCAGAUACCAAGUAUUACAGAUGACUUAUAAUCUGCUCUGUGUGCCAAUCAUGACAUAUUGUGUGGUUAUUUCUGUAUUUGUGGGUAAGAUGCCGGAAUUCAAGUGCAAGAUCUCAGGCGAAAACGUGACAACGUAUAUCAAUGAGACUUAUGCGUCAUAUAACGUCACAAUACAUACGCGUCAAUGUGACUUUAUCCUCGAAACAAAUACGUCCGGUAUUCUUACCCAGGAAACUAUUCCAUGCCAAGAUGGAUAUGAAUAUUUUGGACAGGAAACUAUUGCAUCAGAGUGGAAUCUUGUGUGUGGAGCCGAAAGUCUCAGCAGUAUGUCCACUACCGUGGCGGUCAUUGGUCAGAUGAUAGGGGCUGCAGUGUUUCCUACUUUGGCAGAUAAAUAUGGUCGUCUGCUGAUUUUUUACACGAAUUUUCUUGCAUUAGUAUUGUGUUACGUCAUAGCUGCUGUUGUACCAUGGUUCAGUGCUUACGUCAUCCUUAGACUUCUUAUCGGAGUCUUUGCUGAGGGAGGCUGUAUGAUAUCGGCAAUAUUGGCGUUAGAGAUGUUCCCUGCCGAGUCUCGGGGUUUUGUCAUCUAUGUUGAUAGCAUUGUCUUCACUCUCGCCAUCACGUCACUAUCUCCACUGGCCUACCUCCUUAGGAACGUCUCCUGGAGAUACACCAUGCUGGCGGCCGGUAUAUUAGGCUCCCACAGCCUUGCUACACGGUGGAUUCUACAAGAAUCUCUUCGGUGGCUUGUCGUGAAUGGAAGAUAUAAAGAGGCCAAGCAGUGGAUAAUACGCGCUGCCAGAUGGAACAAGAUGGACCCCUCCAGAAUUCUAGCGAGGUUUGACUCUGAAUUACAGAGUAGGGAACAGCAGAUGCUUGUGGAUGAAAACACUGACCUUGAACCGGAGGCUUAUGGUGAACAAACCGGAACAGUGAGGUUGGAUUCAGAUAGGAAGAAAGAGAAUUUGUCUGUAUUGGAUAUUUUCAGGCAUAAAAAGAUUCUACUAAUAUCCAUGAUUGUUUGUGUUGUCUGGUUUGUAAACAGUAUGACGUACUAUGGAAUAUUUCUUACUUCUGGUACUAUGAGUGGAGAUGUGUACCUGAAUUUCUUCUUAAACGGCAUCGUAGAAAUACCGGGUAUUUUUAUCUUUUGGUUUACCAUCAACAGAUAUGGUAGAAGAAAAUCCGGUGUCAUGUUUCAUGCUAUAGCUGGAGUGAGUCUUAUUUUGGCUGCAGUUAUUCAAUUUGCUGGAGACACGCAGGUGCUGGAAGGGUUGGCCUCCGCCAUGAUUUUUGUCGGAAAGUCUAUGAUAACAGGCUCAUUCAUAACAAUCUUCUUAUACACUCCAGAGAUUUAUCCUACCAAUCUAAGGGCACUCAGUAUCGGAAUCGGUGCCACUGCAGGUAGAAUAGGUAGUAUUGUAUCGUCAUUUGCAGCUUUGUUUGCUUCCUACGUACCAUGGGGACCCGGUGUCGUGUUUGGCUCUCUGUCAGUCCUUGUCACGAUUUUGUUCCAAUGGUUACCCGAAACAACUGGGAAAGAACUGCCAAAUACUCUCGAGGAAGUCAUGAGUUUCGAUGUCCAGAAAGUCAAAAAGAGAAAGACAAGAAUGAAUUCUUUAAGUGAAAAUACCUAGCGGAGAAGAGAUUGCAUAUUUUAUAUGUACAGUUGUAACCCCCCUC